CUAAAUCUAAGCAGGAACUCAUUCUCAGCUGUGACUCCGAACCGUUUCAGUGUCCUGGCAGAUUUAUCUGAAGACUCAGAGCAGUUGCUGCCGAGUUAGAGACACAUGAGUGUUUCCUGUUGAUCACCUUGAAUGUGGCGGCCCGCUAAGCUCCACCUGAAAGGGUUUUUAAUGACAGCGGGAUGGGAGUUUGGAUGGUUUUCAACAAAAAAAAAAAUCUAAAGUUUGCAUUACUGGUGCUAAAAAAGGUCUAUUAUUAUAUAUGGCUUAUCAAUUCUAUGCUGAUGACACUCAAAUCUAUUUUUUUUGGGAGUCAGGGUUCAGGAAUCCAGGUAUAAAACUGGUCUUUUCCCUCUUUGCUUUGGUUCCUUCUUAAGAUAUGUGAACUCUGGACGUUAGGAGGUGACUUUAAUGAUUCAUGUGAGCACUUUCUGUUCUUCGAGUAACUCAUACCGACUUGCAGGACACGUCGGGGGCAUCGUGGGGUCCUGCGCAUGUACAGCUGCCUGGGGAAUGUUGAAUUCUUUCUUUAACUUUGUGAGAUGGAAAGGUUUUUUUAAGGGGGGCCUUGGUGGGGAUAUGCGCUCUUAAUGAAAUGUACUAGUUUUAUUUCACUUCCGUUUCUCAGGCUGCAUCAUUUCCUGUUGUGGUUUCAGCCUGAGGUCGAUGGCUGGUGUGAAUUUUUGUGGGUUUGUAGAGAUUGAGCUGCAUAUUGUUGACUAAAGAAACUAAAGGUCUCUCCUCAGACCUUAAGAUAGUAUCGCACCAUGGGGAACUUUACUUUGUUACUUCAGCAAAAAAGGAAUUGGGAAGUAUAUGGUUAGCAAAUGUAAUAGAUAAGUAAAACAAAAUACUUUUUUUUCAAUAAAAAUACGUGAAAUGUCAACAAAAUACUGUAUAAUUGUAUUGUACUUAUAUUGUAUAAUAAUAAUAUACAGAGUUUUAAGUAUUGCUCAUGUCUGAAAUUGAAAUUGCGUGUGUAGAAAACAAUAAUUGCAGACUUGUGCAAAACAAUAAAUUGGUGUAAAACAAAAUAUUGUUUCACAGUCUGUGUGAUUUAUGUAUUCAUCAUAUUUGGGUGUCGAGUUAGUUUCCUGUUGGUGUCAGGAUGUGGGCUCACAAACCGUCGCCUAUCUGAGAGGAACAAGACGAACGACGUGGGGACAGAAUGGACUUCGCAUCAAUCUGCCUCUUGCUUUCAGCGACAGUGACCAUCCAGCUCGACAGAUCCCAGUUCCAUCGCUAUGACUCCAUCAAUCUGAGCUGUGCAGUGCCGCCAAACUCUGGUGUCUGGACACUGAGGAGAAACACCUCCGCUCGGAAUUCUGAGCCGUGCAACACUGGCUGGGGCGAGUCACAUGACCCCUCCUCCUUCACCAUUCAGGUCGCCUAUUCUUUUGACAGUGGCGUGUACUGGUGUGAGUCUGAGCGGGGGGAGUGCAGUAACGCCAUCAACCUCACCGUUACCGACGGCAGAGUGAUCCUGAAGAGUUCUGCUCUUCCUGUGACGGAGGCGGAUGAAGUGGUGCUUCUCUGUCUCUACAAGGAGGAAGACGACAACACGACCACUUCUAACUUCUCUGCCAACUUCUACAAAGACGGCGCCGUCAUUGGGACUCGUGCCUCAGGAAAAAUGACCUUCCCGUCGGUGUCCAAGUCCGAUGAAGGACUCUACAUGUGUGAACACCCCACGAAGGGAAGGUCGCCGCAGAGCUGGUUAGCUGUGAGCAGCAAAGUCAGAGCUCAGCCCCUUCCUCCUCCUCCUCCUCCUCCUCCUCCUCCUCUCAUGUCUCCACCCAGGCUGGCCUGUACCAUCCUGCUGAUCGUCCUUUACACCGCGAUGCUCAUAGUGGCUGUGAAAGUUUACACAAUGUGGGCUAAAGCUCGAGCUGAAGCAAAGAGAGCCUCUGAACGUCUGUCCUCCGAUUGAUCAGACCUGUUUGCUGCUGAUGAAGAAGAAAACAUCACAUAUGAGGAUCAACAUUUCUAAUAAUGAACCAAACACCUCGAUAAAAACUAUAUUUUUUAUUUAUUUUGUGUAAACUCUGCUGUCGUAUGUUGAAACACAAGAAAAAGCAGAAAUCAGCAGCUUUCUGUGUUUCUGUCUGUUUUCGACGAGUGGGAAUGAAAGAGGAAACAUUCUCAAUAAUCACAGUCACUGAAACAUCAGACUCAAUUUAAUCAAGCGGCUGUUUUAAGAUAAAAAGUUGAAUGGUCUUGUGCAGCUUUCAAAUCUUGUUUUUUUCCUGUGAUUUGGUCUGUGACCCUUUGCUGUGACAGGUUGACCAGACACAAAAUAGACAUACGACCAUUCCGUCUGCCUGGAAAUAAUGUGUCACAUUCACUCAAAUAUAAUUCUCUGAAUUCAUGCAG